AUGGCAGCUCCCAAGCGGUUUCCGACGCUCGUUCAGCUGGAGCAGCGAGGGAAGCUCUUCGAGGUGCUUGGGAACCUCACCAAGCGGCCCUACUGGUUUCACUCCGAGUACCUGAAGAGCCCGAAGGCAGUUCACCUGGAGGCCUGGCUGGUGGAGGCGAUCUUCGGCCGGGGUGGAGAACACAUCCCGCACGUCGAGUGUGUGUCACAGACCCUGCUUCACGUUCAUCAGUGGGACCCGGACGGCGAGGCUGAAAUCUUGAUAUUUGGCCGGCCUUAUUACCAGCAGGAUGUAUCCAAGAUGAUCAUGAAUUUGGCUGACUAUCACCGUCAACUCCGGGCGCGAAGCUCUGAGAAGGCUCCUGCCCGAGAGGCCGGGACCCAGCGAUCCCCCGACGCAGUCCAGGAGGCCGGGACUCAGCGAUCCCCCGACGCAGUCCGGGAGGCCGGGACCCAGCGAUCCCCCGACGCAGUCCGGGAGGCCGGGACCCAUUGGUCCCCCGACUCAGUCCGGGAGGCCGGGACCCAGCGGUCCCCUGACGCAGUCCAGGAGGCCGGGACCCAGUGCGGUCCCCCGGCGCAGCCCGCGAGGCGGCCACCCAGCGGUCCCCCGGCGCAGUCCGGGAAGCCGGCACCCAGAGCUUCCUGGAAGUUACGCGGGAUCCCAGUUUCUGA